CAUUCUGGCAGCGCAGAUUUUUCAUCAGUCAUCGCGGAGAGUUUUCGUCGUGUGGACCGUUUUCUUUCGGCUUGGCAAGUGCGGUGUGUCUGUUUUUAUCUAUUGCGCGUGUGACGCGGCGGUUCCCUUGGGGGAAAAAGAGGUGGACACAAUCUUUAUUUUUUUUUAAGUUUUUGGUGUUGGCGGAAAACAUCACCUUUAUAAAGUUGUAGCUUGUGUUGCCCGAUGGCAAACGGUGGGAAGUGAAAUCCGCUUGAAAUUAGACCGAUUUCAAGUGUUUUAAAGUGGAAUUCGUGUGAUGAAAUUGUGGUGAAAAAAUCUAAAAAAAAGAGUGAAUUCAAUUUGGUGAAGAAAAAAGUUUAGAUGUAAAUUUACCUUGUUAUUUGUAACAAGAAAAAGUGUGUUUUAUUACGUUUGUUGCGUUGGCAAGCAGAUUCCAGCGUUUAAUUAAGUGAACGUGACACAAGAAAAAGAAUCUUCAGGCUUGUCGGCGGUUCUGUUCCGUCCCGUUCUUUGCCUGCAGGUUCCGCCUGGGCAGCAGCGAAAAAAGAGAAAAAGAAAUCAAAAUGGCGCGUCGCCGUACGUGUUUUAUUAUCUUUUUGACAAUGUUGACCGGAUGGGUUUCGUCGGUCCAGGCCGUCCGGCACGGAUUUCCGCCGGACAUUCUGCACGUGGACUACGACGAGGACGAUCCGUCCGUGCGGCGCCCGAUGGUGAUCAACCGGGGUGGUUCCGCGGACGGUGCCGGCCGGGUUAAGCGGAGUCCGGCGGAUGGCGUGGGAACCGGUCCCGGUUCGUCGCCGGCAGCUGCUGCCUCGUUGUCGGUGGCCGGCAUGAAAGAUAGCAAGAGUUCGGCACCGCAGGUGAUUGAGACCAAAGUCAACAAGCUGAAUGACUCGCACGCGCAGCUGAUCGUGCACUGGCUGGGCGAGGGCACCUCCGUCAUGAUUUGCCUGGCCCGGGAACCGCCGGCCGACAACGAUGCCGUCGCGAAAGCUCCCCCGCCGCAGCCCUCGCGGAUCUUCGUGUCCAAGGACUACGGCGACACGUUCGUCGACCAGACGAACAUGUUCGAGCUGGAGGUGAACGGCACCAAGAUCAACUCCACCGUCGAGCAGUUCUUCACCCAUCCAAAGUUUAACACGAUCGUUUUCACCGACCCACGGAACAAGGCGAUCUUCACAUCGGAAGAUUACGGCGCAACGGUUAAGGUGCGGAUGCUAAACUUCACACCCUCGGAUGUGACGUUCUACGAGGCGGACACCAAGAUGAUUCUGAUUCUGGACAAGAAGGAUCCGGAGCGGAAGCUUUACUACACCACGGAUUUCGGCGCAUCCUUCACGCUGCUGCAGAGUUAUGUAAAGUCCUACAUAUGGUCAUCCGGCGAGGGCGUACCGAUCCAUCUGUACGUGGAGCGCAAGGAGCCGACGAACACCUCCUCGGUGAUCUUCUACAACGCGGCCAACCUGCGCAACAACACGAACCAGUUCAACGUGCUGAUCGAGAAGGUCGAGGACUUUCACAUCAAGAAGGACUUUAUGUUUGCGUCGCAGCGACUGCCAAACAGUACGCAGCUGUUGAUUUCGUACAAGCGGGGCAAGUUUGUGAAGGCGGACUUCCAGACGGAGCUGGACAUGAAGGGUUACCACGUGGCGGAUGUUGACGGGAGGAGGAUUAUGAUUUCGGUGGUGCACACGGAGCGGAUCUCGCAUCUUUAUGUGUCGGAGUCGAACGCGGACAUGAGCGAUAUUAAGUUUGUGCCGAGUUUGGAGAAUGUGUUUACGUAUGUGCCGGAGCUGAACUGGCGGUCGAGUUGGUUGGUGCAGUCGUCGGACGGGGCGUUUACGGAUUUGUACAAGGUGGAGGGCUUGCGGGGGAUUUACAUUGCGUCGAAGAUAAAUCGGAUUCCGCUUGGGGAGACGAUCUCGCCGGACUCGCUGGUGUCGUUGAUCACGUUCGAUCAUGGCGCGUCGUGGAGGCCGAUCACCGCUCCGACUACGGAUGACGAUGGACUGCCGAUUGCGAAUUGCGUUAAGGAUUGCAGCUUGCAUUUGUCGCAGAAGUUUAGCUCGCUGUAUCCGGUGACGCGAUCGGUUAGCAUUAUGAGUUCCAAGUCGGCACCUGGGGUGAUCAUGGCGAGUGGUGUGGUGGGGAAGUCGUUGAAGGGUCAUCCGGGAGUGUACAUCUCGCGUGAUGCUGGGUUGACGUGGAAGCAGAUUCUGAAGGACUAUCACUUCUUCAACAUGGGUGAUCAUGGAGGCAUUCUGGUGGCGGUCAAGUACUUUAAGUCGAAGGGAGAAACGAACGAGAUUCUGUACUCGACGGAUGAGGGUGAGAAGUGGCGCUCGCAGUCGUUCCAUUCGACGAACUUGAAGGUUUACGGGUUGAUGACGGAGCCGGACACGAAUACGACGAUUUUCACGCUGUUUGGAUCGGAGCAGGAGGAGCACAAGUGGUUGAUCAUUAAGAUCGAUCUGAAGAAGGCGUUUACGUCGAAUUGUACGGAGGAUGAUUACAAGUUCUGGGCGCCGGGAGCGAAUUUGGGUGAUUCGUUUAUGCCUUGCAUUCUGGGUCAGCAGGACACGUAUCAGAGGAGGAAGCCAUUGGCGAAUUGUUACAACGGGAUCGACUACGAUCGCCCGAUCCGGCAGCAGGUUUGCAUGUGCAACAGCUACGACUUUGAGUGUGACUUCGGGUUUAGUCGGACGACGGGAAGCAAGAACAGUCCGUGCGUGAGGAACAAGACGUUGGCGAACUUUGAUCCGUACGCGGUGCCGAGCUCGUGCCGGGCUGGACAAUUCUUCAACCGGACGAAGGGAUACAGGAAGAUCGAGGGAGACGUUUGUACGGACGGAUAUUCGUCGCAGUAUCUGCCGCAACCGAUUCCGUGCCCGAUGGGUGAGGUUGAUGAGUUUUUGGUGAUUGCGCAGCGGGACAAGAUCUCGCGGAUCAUUCUGGGCAACAAGACGAAGGAGGUGUUUCCGGUGACGGGGCUGAAGAACGUGAUCGCGAUCGAGUUCGAUAUGAAGCACAACUGCGUGUUUUGGGCGGAUAUUAUGACUGAUGUGAUCGGGCGGCAGUGCCUGGAUGGGAAGAACUCGACGGAGCUGCUAGUUGACAGUGGACUGUCUUCGGUAGAGGGCAUGUCUUAUGACUGGAUCUCGGAGAUGUUGUACUUUGUUGAUGGGAUGCGGCUGAAGAUCGAGGCGGUAAGAACGGGUUCGGGUCCGUUGAAGGGACUGCGGAGGACGAUCAUUGACGCGCCUAACUUGAACAAGCCACGCGGAAUUGUGGUUCAUCCGCUGCAGGGUUAUCUGUUCUGGACGGAUUGGAACGCGUUGCGGCCGUCGGUAUCGCGAGCGAAUUUGGACGGAACGGAUAUCAAGCUGUUGUUUACAAAACCGGAUGUUGUUUGGCCGAAUGGUGUGACGAUCGAUCACAUUGCGGAGCGGCUUUACUGGGUUGACGCGAGCAAGGACUACAUCGCGAGCAGUGACUUGAACGGCAAGAACUUUAUGAAGAUUCUGCAGCAGGACUCGCGCGUUGCACAUCCGUUUGCGGUCGCGGUGAUGAAGGACCUGAUGUACUGGGACGACUGGAAGAUGAACUCGGUGUAUUCGGCAGACAAGGAUCACGGAAUUAUGAUUAACAUCAUCGCAGAGGAGAUGAUGAACUCGAUGGAUUUGAAGAUCUACGGUCAUUCGAUUCAGGAGGGAGGUAACGCCUGCUCGGAAGGUAACAAGUGCUCGCACAUUUGCGUUGGUGCUCCGAAGGGAGGUUACAGCUGCCUCUGUCCGGACGGUAUGGAGAAGAACGCCCAAGGUCAGUGUCUGUGCCCGGGAGGAGUGACUCCGUUUGCGAACAAUACCUGCGCUCGAUCGGGCAGUACGUGUGGAUCCAAGUUCUUCGCGUGCAAGAAUGCCGUUUGCGUGCCGCAGAUCUACAAGUGUGACGGAGAUGACGACUGUGGAGAUCGCUCGGACGAGGAAGGUUGCCCGGCGGAUAAGCCGCCGUGUCCGCCGUACAUGUUCACGUGCAAGUCGGACAAGCAGUGCGUGCCGAAGUACUUUGUGUGUGAUUACGACCGGGACUGUUUGGACGGAUCGGACGAGCAAAACUGCAAGGCAGCGUCGUGCAAAUCAGACGAGUACACCUGCGGUAACGGGCGUUGCAUCAACAAGAGUUGGCUGUGUGACGGAGAGGACGAUUGUCGCGACGGGACUGACGAGGCCACCUGUAACAAGAACAACACGGCAACGGUAGAGUGCAAACCGGACGAGUUCCGGUGCAACGGAACGAACUCUUGCAUCCCGAAGCAGUGGCGUUGCGACACCGAGCAUGACUGUAACGACGGCAGCGAUGAGCAGGACUGCACCAAGAAGGAGUGUGAAUCGUGGAUGUUUACGUGCGAAUCGGACGGACGGUGCAUCUAUAAGACCUGGCAGUGCGACGGAGAGAAGGACUGUAAGGACGGCAGUGACGAGAAGAACUGCAGCUCAUCGACGGAGGUGCCAAAGAAGCCGGGCAUCAAUUUCCUGCCGGGAGAUUCGUGCCACGACUGGAUGUUCAAAUGUGCCAACGACAAAUGUGUGCCAUACUGGUGGAAGUGUGACAGUGUCAACGACUGUGGCGACGGAUCGGACGAAGCGGGUUGCAACUCGACGGUGAUCAUCACCAGCACCACGGCGAAACCCAUCCCAACCCGGAAGAAGGAACGCAACUGUGGACUGCACGAGUUCCGCUGUGAUUCGGGCGUUUGCAUCUCAAAGCGAUUCGUGUGCGACGGCUACGAGGACUGUUCCAAGGGCGAGGACGAGGGCAACUGCCCGUCGCAGAAGCAGUGCAGCAACAAGCACUUCAAGUGCCGCAGCGACGGCCAGUGUCUGCCGAUGGAGAAGUACUGCAACGGCGUGGUGGACUGCGUCGAUGGCAGCGACGAGGACUGCAAGUUUAAGCCGAGCCCUUCGGCGACCACCAAGAACAACUGCACCAACAAUCCGGGCGUGUUCGCGUGCGACAACACGUGCUUCGCGCUGAUGAUGCUGUGCGACGGCAAGGCCGACUGUUACGACGGCAGCGACGAGGAGCACUGCGAGAAGGGCAAGGUCAAGCACUAUCAGGUGACCCAAAUCGGGGUGGACGAGCGCUCGCUCAACUCGACCAGCUUUGUCGUGUUCUGGUGGAUUCCGUUGCCGCGGGACGUGUCGCUGGAGUAUCUGCCGUCGAUCUACUACAACGGCGAGUGGAAGAACGUGAGCACGUGGAUCGAGCAGACGGACUAUCGGUUCACGAACUUGAAGCCGUAUACGGUGUACAACGUGACGACGUACGUGCGCGUGAAGAACCAGACGAAGAUUACGCCGCCGUACUUUUAUCUGGAAAUUGCGACCAGCGAGGGAGUUCCCAGCGUUCCGUUGAACGUUUCCGUCGUCCAAAUCAACGGUUCGCGCAUCAUGGUCAGCUGGCAGCCACCAAAGGACGUAAACGGUCUCCUCCAGGGCUACACCAUCAACUACCGGUCCCAGUCCAAAAACGUCGGGCCAGCGUUGAACGCCAAGGUCGGACCUUCGGAGACGAGCUUCAUCAUCGAGUCCGAGUUCAAGCCGGACAUGGUGUACGACUUCUGGGUGAAGGCCCGGAAUGGAAAGCACGAGUCGAGUUCGUCGAACAUGGUGCAGCUCAAGUUUGACGGAACGUCCAAUAUUGAACAGAUUAGCAAGAUUGCCGUGACGAACAUUACGAAGAAGUCGGUGACACUGGAGUGGAAGUCGGUGGCGAAUGCCGACGGUUACAUGAUCGAGCCGAUGCUGCCCCAGUCGUACCCGCAGUUGAGCAAGUUGUGGGUUAAAAAUAGUACCGUAACGCUGGACAACAUGGUUCCGGGGACGCAGUACGUGAUUCGGGUUGCGGCAUACGUCAAGCAGUACGUUGGACGACACGAGACCACGAUCGUCAAGUUUGGAGGGGAACCGCUGCCGGCGAUCAACCUGAGGUUGAAGGAGCAAACGCAGGAGUACUCGCUGCUGGAGUGGGAUGAACCACAUGGCAGCUACGGGAAAUUGACGUACGGAAUCUACUACGGAACGAACAUGGACCAGCUGUUUGAAGCCUCCAAGAUCAACACGACCGCCACAAGCUACAAGCUGACGAAGCUGCGUCCUUGCGAAUCCUACCUCGUCAGUAUCGGCAUCGUCGGUCCGAUCGGGCCCGGCCCACUCGGCCGAAACCCGCUGAAGCUCGACACGCCUUACAACAACACAUUGCCACCAAAGGAACUUACCGUUGAUAUUAGCGACUCUAGUCAGAUUAACUCGGAGAUGAUUAUUCAGUGGAAGCAUAGCUGUUCGCUGGAGUCGUCCGCCUAUCCUAAUUAUAUUAUUUCCGUGCGCGAGCUCAAAAAGAACAGCACCACGCUGGUGAACGUUAAGUCGUCCGCCAACAAAACGCUGGUGCAUGUGUUCCGCAACAUCCCGGUCGGCGCCGUCUACGAGGUGGCCGUCUCGACCGACGUCCAGCACGCGCAGGUCGUCACGACCGUGGUCUACUCGCGGCCCCUUCCGAACCCGACCCAGCUGAAGGUGUGGCCCGAGACGAACGGCACGUACGUCGUCUACUGGAAGCCCGUGCUGAACUUUAACGAAACGCAAUUCACCUACGAAGCGGUGGUGUACGAUGGCAGGGGCCUGAACACGACCAUCCCGCCGCUGGUGGUGAUCGAAGCCAAAGAGCCGCCCAUCUUGAUCCACCCGGAUCGGCUGGCAGGGGUGCCGAUCGGGCACCUGUUCACGAUCGGGGUGCGGCUGAAGACGACCGGGCCGAACGGGGGCUACUACUCGGACAUUGCCCAGAUCGAGACGUUCGAGAAGCACAACUUCCAGAGCCUCGUCCAGACGUCCUCGUACUCGUCGGCGUGGCUGUGGCUCGUGCCGACGCUCGUCGCAGCGGCCCUCGCCGUCACCGUCGUGUACGUCGUCCAGCGGCACCGCCGCCUGCAGACGUCCUUCAGCCGGUUCGCGAACUCGCACUACGACACGCGGACGGGCGCGACCCGCAUCGGGGACAGCCUGGACGACGACGACCACGAGCACCAGGAGGUGCCGCGGAGCUUCUCCGACGACGAACCGCUGGUCAUUGCGUAAGAAGGGUGACGCGUAAUUUGUAAAACGAAACGAAACGCUUGUGUAACUAUUCUGCUCAUUUAGCUGAAGAAGGUGGGUAGAAGAAGGGGUUUUGGAAUUCGAUAAAUGAAACGACACACACACACACACACAUUAGGGGUAAACUAAUCUACACACGAACUCUUGGUUCCUCACCCCGACUCGGUGGGUGGACGAGCCAGCAGAAUCGUUUUGUCUGUGAGAAAAAAAAAAGAGUAAAUUUACUGCUUUUUGAUAGAGGCGGUAGUGCUGCUGCAUGUGUAAAGUCCUACAAAACAAAAAAGACUAGUAAUUUUGUAUUUAUGUUGAUUUUAUUUUGAUAGGUUUAUUUAAUUAAUUACGUUUUAUUGUACAUUUCUAAGGUUGUUUUCUUUGUAUAGAAAAAAAAAAGAUUACGUGUAACAUAUUAAAGUGAAGUAAAUAAUAUCAACUAAGAGACUUUUGCAAAGUGAGAUUGAGAUUCGAAUGAAAGAGAAUUUGAUAGCAAGAGCAAACAGCUGGCAAAAGAUAUUAACACAUCCAAACACAAACACACACACACAAUUACGAAAGAGGAGCGGAACGAACGAAAACAGUAGCAAUUUAGUAGAAUAAAAUGUGGGGAUUUUACAGAACGAAGGCGCUUCAUCCAUUUUUUAAUUAUUUCUCUGACUGGGCUUUUCCCUUUAUAGGCAAAUGACGAUGAUAGAUUUCAGUUCAGUGCAGGAAAAGGCUGACCCUUUAGAAAUGUAUUUGUGUAAUGAAAGUCCCCGUUACUUGUAGAAGGAAUUCCUAACUGAAAAACAAAAAAAAACUUGUGUGCUGAACCAAUAUGUAUCGACAUAAAGACAAAGAUUAAUGAUAGUGAAAUAAAUACAAUAAACAAAAACACACACGAUACAUAACAUUAAACUAUUGAUGAUAAGCAAGCAAGCAAGCAAAGGUAGGUCAUAAGCAAAACUAAAAAGGGUAUUUGAACGUGGUUUGAAACAAAUGUGGUUUUUCUUCUCGUGAUCUUCGUGUAAAAUGUAUAGUUGAUGAGUGUGACGAAUAAGGAAGCAAAAAGAAACGAGUAGUGCUAAAUCGUCAUGACGAAAAGGCAAACAACAAAACAACUAGAAACAAUGGUGUUUUGUACCAGUUUUCAAAACCUAAGAUCGCAAAUCUUCCUCUACUGUUUGUUCCGGUUUUUGUUUGUUUUUCUUUUUGUUUAAAUUUGUAACGAGUCGUUCCAAGCAAAGAAGGAAAGAAGGAAGCAGUGAGCUGAGUAGGAGAACGAAGGUGACUUUAACUGAUAAGUAGUGAAAAAAAAAGGUAAAACUAAUCUCUAUUCUUACGAUUAAAUACAUAUUAAUAGAAAUUGUAAAACAUUAUGAUGAAUUGAAUUGCAGUGUGAACAUAAUCACGUAAACUGAGAAUGGUA